GCGAACAGCGCGUUUCAAUUUUGCAGCCCUUCUUCAAUCCAAGCUUUCAUUUUUACGUCGUCCCGUCACGUUUUCAUAGCAGCACACGCUACUUUUGACCUCAUCGCCCUCCGUUGCGCCCCCUCUAACCACGACAGCCUUCCAGACGCUUGGCAAAAAGUAUCCAACUUCUCGUUUCAGUUGCAACCAAAUUUCUACCCACACGUUCUUCUUGCGUCAUACGUAAAAAAAAAAAUAAAAAAAUCUUUGCCUGUCAAAGACUUCCUCUGUUAAGUUAAAUGCAUCUGAAAGUCCCCAGCGAGUAAAGAAAGCCCCACCGCCUGCGCCUCCUCGUCAAUCCCCCUUUGCACGCCUUUGCAGAUCAUCCGAGAACUGGCAACCUGCUCACCUACGGCCAUUUCAGUGCGUGCGCGUCACUUUUAGCAGCGGCUUGUGGGCACUGGGACAGUGGAAUCAAUUUGGUCUCGAAUAUCACUUUGGAUUUUUCUGCAUAAGACGGGUCAACACACAUCUUUGUGAACUGCGCGUGGUGGACGUCUGGCUGCAUCUGUUCGAUCUGUGAUGGUGGCUGAGGCGCCGCCUGGCCCGAUGACCAACGACACUCGCUGCGGGAUCAAUUUCAGCGAGGGCCGCUGGCCGCUGGUGUUCAUCUAUUCGGUUGUGUUCACUUUGGCCUUGGUGGCCCACCUGCUGACGCUCUGCCCCAUUAUCCAGCAGGUGCGCAGCCACAACAUCCUGGGGGUCUACCUGCUGAACCUCUCCCUCUCGGAUCUGCUGUACACCCUGACGGUGCCACUCUGGAUCCACUAUUACUACAACAACCACACAUGGCACCUGGGCAGGCAUGUGUGCCACAUUGCAGGCUUCAUCUAUUACUCCAACACGUACAUCAGCAUCUUCAUGCUGUGCUGCAUCUCCCUGGACCGCUGCCUGGCCGUGUCCUUCCCGCUAUGGGCCAAGGCUUUCCGCAAGCCAAAGUAUGGCUGGUACAUCAGUGCCUUUGUCAUCCUCGGGGUGAUGGGUGUUCACUUGCCAGUGGCCCUGGUCAAUAGCAACAACAACACCCUGCUCAACGGCAGUAGUGAAAUGAAGGACUGCUAUGACAGUUACCCGCUCUCGACGCUGGUGGCCAAAUUCAACUACAUCCGCAUCACCUUUGGUUUCCUGGUGCCCCUGGCUCUGCUCAUCUUCUGCAACUUUCAGGUUUUCAGAGGGGUGCGCAAGAGCAGCAGCAUUCAGGACAAAAGCAAGCGCAAAGUGAAGCUGCUGUCCAUCUGGGUGAUUGUUAUCUUUGCCUUCUGCUUCGCCCCUUACCACAUCAUCCUCUUCCUCCGCACCAUCGUGUCCUCCCUCCACCCAGGGAGCUGUGACUUUGACCGCCACGUGCAUCACCUCUUCAGUUUCUCCCUGGCCAUGUCCAGUCUAAACAGCGUGGCUGACCCCUUCCUCUAUGUGUUUUCCAGUAACUGUGUGCGGGAGGACCUCAGUGGAAUCAGCCGAUCGCUCUGCGCCCAUCUUGGUCACAGAUGGCCUCCACACAGCAGCAGUAAACUGUCCAUCAGACAAUUGUCUACUCGGGUCGUCACCUCCUGGACUGCGUUGGACAAAAUUUAAGGGACCUGAGUCGGGAUGAGCAAUUCCUCAGCUGAUCCCAUUUUUGCUCUUUUUUUCCUUGAGUAAAGCACUGUUGUUGUUCGCAAAGUGAUCAGUCUGUCCUUGUAAUAUAGCGCCUUUCAUGGCAACCACUGACAUAAAAUAACUUUUUAUUAUCAAA